AGAAAUUUAAGAUAUAUAUAGAUAUUAUGUCUUCUUUAGACUGCUAUCGUCCCUCUUAUGACUUUUUGGAUGAUAGAAAAAGACGUUUAGAUAGGGAUGGAUAUGAUGAUGAUAGAAAUGUUCGAUCUCGGCAUUUAUAUAGAGAAGGAAAUAAACGUUAUAGCAAUGGACGUUGUCGAAGUAAAGAAUCGGAUGAAUAUAAGUAUAGACAUGAUUUUUCUCGGGAUUAUGGAUCUUAUAAAAGGGUUGAUCCAUAUACAUUAAAUUAUUUGGUUUCAUUUUCUAUAUUUAAUGAAUGGUACAGAUCGACUAAUACGCUUAUGGAUAUUGCAGAUAAUGAAAUGUAUCAGAAAUAUGAAGCGUAUAAACAAGAUCUUUAUGCACGGCUUGCAAAGCCAUUUGUUUAUAAACAUAUGGAUGAACCAUGGUUUAAAGAAAAAUAUUUGCCUGAUUCUCGAUUACCUAUAUAUGAAAAAAUCAUAGAGAUUAAAAAAUCUGCUCGAAUAGUCUUUUUAGAAUGCUUAAGGAACGGAACUUUCGAUGAUUUUACGAUGGAUGAUGAUGAAUCAGAGUUGGAGCAUGAAUCAAUACCAAUAGAAAAUGCAACCCAUAUUUUUGAAGAAAGUUUUGACGAUAAUUUAAAAACUUAUAAAAAUGUUCUUUCAAUUAAAAAUAUUACACCAAAUGUUAAUUAUACAGAUCUUACUUCGUUAUUAUCUGGGUAUCCUAUUAUAAAAAAUAUUAUAUUAUCAAAUCCUAAUCCUUUUCGUGGCUUUAUGAGAGAAGGUUUUGUUGAAUUAAAUGAUACUGCAGGUGUUGAAAAUUUGAUUCAAACUAUUCAAAGUCAAAAACCUAAUGAAAAAGCUGGUCCAAUUACUGUUGUAUUUUAUAGUUCACCGUCUUUUCCAAAAAAAAUAUUAUUACCUCCUUUAUCAAAUACUCUUAAAAAUCUUUCUCAAGAUUUAGAGUUUGCAAUUCAGGCAAUCAAAAAGUUAGACAAAAAAAUAGAUGAAAACUUUGAUUUUAGCGAAGAAGUUAAAGAUUAUAUAGGUUUUUCUACUUUUGAUUUGAAAGAAAAUCCGGAUGAUAAACACAAGAUGAUAAAAAAAAUUUUAGAUCUUUUAAUAGAAUAUUUACGCCAAGUUCAUUUUUUUCAUUUUUAUACUGUCACCGAAUAUGAUUCUAGGUAUGAACUUGAAAAAAUGUUUCCUGGAAAGGUUGUUAGGUUAUCUAAUCAAUCGGAUGACUCUCAGCUUUAUUUUAAACAAGAGUUAUGGAGAACAAAAUUUGUAGAAAAAAUGAAUAUUUUCUUAGACUUAGAAAAAGCAGAUCUUGUAAAGCUUGGGGGGAAGCCUUUUGAUGAAGCAGUUGAACUUAAAAUUGAAUCACAUAUUAAACAAGAGGAUGAAAAGAGGUUUCGUUGUUCUGUUAAUGAUUGUAAAAAGCUUUUUAAAGGUCCUGAAUUUGUUAAAAAGCAUAUUGAAAAGCGGCACUUAGAAUGGUUGAAUGAAGGAAAAAAAGAGUUUAUUUUGUUAAAUAAUUAUGUUUUAGAUACAUCACGUGUAUUUCCGAUAGAAGCAUAUUCAUACUCUGAUAAAAUUAAUCAAAGAGGUGCAUUAAAAAAUAAUUUGGAUGUUUCUCCAAAAUCAAUAUCUCAAUCACCUGUAAGUGGAUCUUUUUAUUCUUAUUCUCCUUCCGAAAAAAUAAAUAUAAAUUAUGAUCAAGACAUAAAUUAUAAAAAAAAGUUUAUCAGGAAAAAGCUUAUACAACAAAUCCAAAGUUUUUAAUGAAUAUAAAGGAAAAAGCGAUAGUAAAAUGUCAAGAAUAUAUAAGGAUCUCGAUAGUGUUAUAGAUGAAACACCUG